AUGAAUCCAAUAAUGGAAAGAAAAAAGAAAUAUUCGAAUGAUCAUGGAAAUACAAUGGAGCUUAACAAAUUAAUUAGUAAUGUUUCAAACAUAAUCUCUGAAUCUAAUUUUAAUGGGCAAAAUAACCCAGUUUGUUCUAGAAAAGAAUUGAUGAGCUCUAAUUUUAAUGAAAGCUCAGAAACUUCUGGAAAGGUUUGGAGGAAAGAUAAAAUAAAUAUGAAAAAUACCAUUACUAAUUUAAUGGAAAAUUUGUCCGGCUCUAUUGAAACCAGAGAGGUUAUCAACCAAAUAAAGAUGUUAGAGGCCAAAAAUAAAAUUAGAGGUGAGAUAGCAGAAUUACUCCCCCCUAAUAAACAGUAUCAAUUAGAAAGAAAAACACAAUACGACUUGGCUCAAAAGGAAAUGAAGCACUGGGGUUCGACUAUUGAUCGAAUAAAUCGCCAAGAAACAAUUUCUUAUGGAGAGCCUGAAAAGAUUGACUUUGUUUCUACAGCACAAUUGGCAAGCAAUUACCAACCUUUGGAUGAAUUCGAACAAGAAUUUGAUAAUGUUUUGAAAGAAAUAAACAAAGACUACUCAAAAGGCACCGGAAUAUUAAAUCACUUUGAUAUUUCUCCUUGUGAUAAAAUUAAAAAUCAAUCAGAAAAAAGUUUUAUGAAAAAACUUAAAUUCAUUUUAUUUCAACAGCAAAGAGAAAACAAGAGACUUAAAAAGAUUAAAUCAAAGACUUGGAGGAAAAACCAUAGAAAACAAAUGCAAAUUGAAGAAGAAAAACUACUAAGUUUGGGAGAGGUUGAGUAUCCAGAAUUAGUAAAAAAAAUUAGAGAAAGAUAUGAGGAAAAAAGAGCCAAAAUAAGAUUAAUGAGGAGACAAACUGCAAGACAGAAGUGGGCUAAGAUGGCAUUAAGAUUUGGUGGAAGGGAAUUGCAAAAAAAUGUUUCAGAUCAAGCUCAAAAACAGCAUGAAGAAAAAAAGAGAAUUGAGAAAAUAAUUCAAAAUGUUUCAAAUGAUUGUUACGAAGAAAAUGAAUCGAUAAGUUCUGAUCAAGAAAUAUAUUCAAAUUCACAUUUUAUUCAAGAAGCUCGAAAAAAUAUUGAUAAUUUAAAGAAUUCAUCAGAAGGACUAUUUGAUUUGAAAUUUAUUCAACGCGAGAUCGAAUUUAAGAACAAUCUAUUAGAUCUUGAAUUAAACGAAAUUGAGAAUAUAAACAAUGAAGGUGAAAUUAUAAUAAAAGAAUCGGAAAAUUGUUUAUCCGAUGAUGCUUCUGAUGAAGUUAUACGACUCUCAAAUCCCUCAAUCAAUGAGAUCAUAGAUACAAAGAAUGAGAUUGAAAAUGAUUUUGAUUCCAAUCACAAUAUCGUUGGUAUUAGUUUUGUGGGAAAUAACUUGAAGAAGAGGCUUCUAUCAAACAAUAAUUCGAGUGAUGAAAAAGGUAAACUUAUUGAAAAACAUUUAGAUUUUCAGGGAAAUAAAGACGAAAAAAAGAAGAAAAUGUGCUUGAAUAUUGAAGAUGAACUUGAAAGAAUGGCCAAUAUAGAUAUCACAGAAAAUCAAGAAUCUUUUCAAACAAAUACUGAACUAUUAAAACAUAUUUUUGUAGAGGGAAGUGAUGAUUGUUUAAUCGAUAAAAAUAUUGAGGAAUUAACAGAUACAAAUAGUAUAAAUAUAUCUUUAAAUAAUAAAUCGGUACCUGGCUGGGGUAAUUGGUGUUCAUCAAUUUCUGGAAUUGAGGAAUUAAACAUUAGAGCCAAGGAUGGUUCAUCAGGAAGAAUAAAACACCAAAUUAGUCCAAAUAGAUCAAUUGAUAGAAAAAUGACAAAGUACUGUGUUAACCAAGUACCUCAUCCUUAUAACUCGAGUGAUUUAUAUGAAAGCACCCUUAAGCAUCCAAUUGGUCCUGAAUGGAACACCACAGCAAUACAUAAUAAGUUUAUUCAGCCGAAGAUACAAACAAGAAUUGGAGCAGUAAUUAAACCUCUAGUAUAUUCAAAGCAUCUAAAAAAUAUUCAAAUUUCAGAUUCCUUCUUAGAAAAAUGGAAUCAAGCUAAAAAGUGCAAUAGAACUAAGGCGAGGUUUUAA